UGUUGACUCACAUUGUUUCGUUGACAACAAGCCGCAUUGAAAUAAAAUAUUGAAUAAAGCAAGGCAGAUAUGACAGCGGUGGCAGUUGCCCCAGAUGUUGGGAAUUUCCCCAAGCCUCCUGACCCCACCCCCAUGCCUUCUGAAUCAGGACCCAACAGUCCAGUGCUGAGGAAAGAAAAAGGUGUCAUCUCCAAACUGGAAAAUGAAGGUAGUCCACUUCCAGAGUUGCGAUCCAGUGAUUAUUACAUCGAUAAGACCAAACCAUUGCCAACAUCCCUGCAGAGUGACUUCAUCCCAGAAGACAUCUUGAGUGCACUCACACAACUCCCCAAACCAGUCGGCAAGGACAAGCUCAAAGCUCCAGGAAAGGCAAAGUCAACUUUUCCUACAGAUCAGAAGGCAAUCAAGAGUGGACCACCAGCCAACGUAUGGAAUUUCCCGAGCAGAAGGCGGAAAUUCCAACAUUUAACAGAUCAGCCUGUUUCUGUUACUGGAGCAGGAAGAGACAUAUCUUUCCUCUACGAUGUUGCAAUGAACGGUUCCAAUGAUCCACGGGCAUUAACAAGUGACCCAAGCGCAAAACGUGGCAUUGAAAAGCAUUCACAAAGCUAUAAGGCUAUGACUGUUCCUAAUACACUGGUUCCUUCAGAGUAUCAUGUGGUCAAAGCAAAGGGUGUCCAACAUCUAGAAUUCCAAGAAGAGAAAUUCAACACACAAUUGAAGAAUGAAGAUGAUGCCCCUGUCGUUUUUCCGUCACUUAAACCCUCAAGUCGCUAUGAAGUGAUGCAGCUCAAGGAAUCCCUUCAGGCCAUGCUGAAUAAAGCAGGGGUCAAUGAUGAGGGGGCAGAGGUCAAAGGUCCCACACAGAUGCAUAACCUUCUAGAGCUGGUAAAAAAGGAGCAGAACAUUUACAACAUCAUUUUCCACGAGCUCAUCAGACAGGUGAGCGUGGAAUGUAUUGAGAGGGGAGAACUGUUAUCUUCAGUCAGAGAGCUAUACAACAAACUCCUAGACAAGGUGCCUAGGCAAAUCAAAAGUCUGCACCAGGAAGUAAUGGCCCAGAGAGCUCUUGAUCGAAGGUUAACAGAAGAACUCUUCAGAUUCAAGUCGACCAUCUCAGAUCUCACCAAUGAGCUAUCUGAUGUGAGGGAACAUGACAAGGUUGUGACUGGACAGGCCCAGCAAGCCCAAGAACAGCUAGCUGCAGCUCUUGCCGAAUCAGAGAAAAGUGCCAGUCUACUUGGAGAGUAUCAUGAGCUUUAUGAGCUUCAGAGACGGAGACUUGAGAAGCAGGUUUUUCAUCUAACCUCCGAGAGAGAUCUAUGGAGUAAUGCUGCAUACUCCCUAGCAUUAAAGGUCACAGAGGCUAACUCCCUGACCACUGCAAGACGUCUGCACAUCUGUGAGAAGGCAUGGUCCAAACUGACCCAUCAUUUUACAAUCGUUCUGAGUGACCGAGACACUGUCCAGCUCUCACAAUUGCAGGUUCUGGUAGAGCGCCAUCGCUUGUUGAUGAUAGACUUCAGCAAAGAACUCAAAAUAGAUGACGUCACCUCCAAGGAGAGGCUUGCAUUGAUACGUUCUGGCAUCAAGAAAUGGAUGGAUCUGUUCUAUGGUUCAGUUGUUUAUACAGUGGAAGAGUCUAAAAAGAUCAGGUUUUGUCUUAGCGGUCAGCUUGAAGCCAGUAUUGUGGAGUCAGACUUUAUGUCUGGGCGUCAGUCAUCCAGAGCCAGUGAUAAGAUCAACACCAUCCUGCAUGCUCCUGGCAAAGAGAUGAUACAAGCACUUUAUGAGGACAUCCGUCUAUGGGAAGAGAAUUUGAACAAGGAAGUGGAGAGGUUUGGUGGGGACAUUCUCCUGGGUCACGAGGAGAGCCUCUAUGACAUUAAGAAACAGACCGAUCAGUGGACGGAGACGGCCAUCCAGAUCUUCAGCCGGCACAUGCCCACUGAUGGUUCCGAGUAUCCUGACCAUGAAAAGCUGGUGGAAAUGAACUUGGUUUGUGAAGCUAUGUGUAAGCAGUUCCACACCAGAGUGAAUGGAGAAAAUGGCACUGCCAAGGGGUUCAUCCAGAUCACCAAUGCUCUAGAGAGCUGGGACACCAAACUGAACAGCAUCCUCAAUGGGGGCGCUAUGCCCAUGGAAGCAGAGUGGCUUCGUCUUUAUGAGCUCUUCUCUGAUUGGAUAAGAACUAUCAACGAGGUCGAGCAGAACAUCGGCUCAGAACAGUCCGAGGAUGACAAGGCAGAAGGGAAACCUUUCAACCCCAUGAUCCAGGAAGAGGUGUUCAGACUAGCUCAGAAAUGGGUCGCUACCACCAUCAAUGGUAUCGAUAGCCAGGAUUCUAAACUCAUGGAACAGGUCUCGGUCCUACAUGCAGACAUGGUCCACUGGAUGAUCCAGGUCCUGCUUCGUCUGGCCCCUAACCCUCCAGAGAGCCCUCAGGAGGUGAUUGAUGCCUGCAUGGCCAGUGCGUGGAGUCUCACCAAGAUACAGGAGAAGGUUGUGGGUCUCUUUGAUCGCAUCACGGCCUUCUCAAAUUAUAUUACAAGCUGCUGUUCAAGCAUCGUUUCGGCCGAGAUGCAGCAGAAGAUCGACAACGGUGAACAGAACGCUGACCAGGAGUCCCGAGACCUCAGGAAGAUCAGGUCCGAGUGCAGCGAGUGGAUCCACAUGGCAACCAUCCUAAUGGACGAGGUCCGGAGCGUUGAGAUGGCUCGGCUCGGUGGCGAGGAGCUGCCGACGCCCCUUCAUGUACCGGAAGGUGUGCAGGGCGGGGACCCAAGGAUGGAUAGCCAGGGGGCCUUCACUCCUGGCAUGCCAGACAGAGGAGAGCUUGUAGGAACCGAGACCCCCAUCACAAUGUCAGACCGGCCCCCUGGCACCGCAGACACCCUGACCACCCAACGUCUUGAGACCCCUAAAUCAGCCCCACUAGCUGCCCCAUUGGCACCCCCUGUAGGAGCAGCUCGACCAACCACUGGCAAUCAGAAUAAGACUCCUUCAACAGCCAAUAGUCAGCGUUCCGUCUUGCCAGGUUCUACUCCAGGUGCAGACGACCUAACUAACAUGAGUGAGAUGCAAGUGUUGGGAUAUGAUCAGAAUGUCUGGACCCAAAGCCUAGAUGAAUUCAAGGACCAACCCUCUCAGUCGGCCCCUAAAGAGGCGACUUCUGCCAAGGUUUUGGGCGCUGCCUCCAAGACCCCAGACACAUCUAAGGCUUACGAGGCUCUCACAGCUGUCAAGAGCCUUCAACAACAGCUAGUUACAACUGAGGAGAGAGCACAAACAGCAGAAGAGAAGGUCCAGGAGCUUGAGGAGGAGUUGAAGACACUCCAGGAACGGAUGCGUGUCGUUGAACGUAAGAGCGCCACCCCAGCCAUCCUCAGCGUAACCCCUGGCCCGGUGUUGGGGGCGUCGACCGAGCCCCCCAAGACAGCCCCUGAGGCACCCAUCACUGAAGAAGCCAGCACAACCGCUCCAGGCUCGGCCAUGAUGUCCCCUGCAGAGACCCCCUUCACCUCCUUCACCAAGGACACCAUGGGGGAGCAGUCAACACCCCUGAUGAGGCCUGGAGUAGCGGGCGUCGGCCCCCUGCCUACCCCCACCAUUACUCCUUCGCCCCCGCCCACGCCUGGAAGGAAGACCAGCGCCUCACCGUCUCGUCCGACUUCCAGGGCAUCAGUCAGUUCACGAGGGUCAGCAAAAUCCAGAAAGAAAUGAACAAAAUGCAUAUCUGAUGACAGAGCUAAAUUAUGCACUGAAACAAUGAGUUAUGUGAAACUUCUUUAGUCAUGGACUUGUAAGGAAUAGAUGGUCAUUAUGUUGGAGAUAUAUAUAUAUUUAUACUGAUCCAUGAAACUGGAUUGUAUGUUAAACAUCCUUUACUCUUAGAACUACAUAUAUAUUGUAAAAUUCACUUAGGAAUUAAUUUUCAUUAUGUUAAAAAACGAGAGCAGAUCCAUGAAUAGUUACAGACCAAGAUUUGUUGCACAUCAUAGAAUAGUCUUGUCUUAGGAUCGGCUAUGUAAAGUGACAACUAUUUCAUUUUAAACAGUUUUUUAACUGCGAGAACUAAUUGUUACUAAUUUUGUUCUUUAUUGUGCAGUAAUGUGAUCACAUAGAUAUUGAUGUAUUAUAUACACCAUAGAUAACCAUGCAUUAAGUUUGCGUAUUUAAAUCUGAACAAAUGUUGUUU